CCGCAAAAGUUCUUUGCAGUGCAAGUCCUUGGAAUUCUUUCUCUAUCACGUGGAAUGUUUUGAAAUGACAUCCUCAAAAAUGAAGUGGAUUUCUGGGACUGUAUUUUCGGCUAUUUACACCUAAUUAACUUUUAAUCUCUUUUAUAGUGAACGCGGAGUAUUGAAUAUUAUUACGGUGGGUAUGCGUGUCGAGCAGAUCCAUAGUCGUGUGUCUUUUAUUUGACAUCGUUAAUUUUGGAAUUUAUUUCCCCCCGAAGUUAGGUUAUAACUUACAUGUCGUACGAUGUUCUUAUCUGAAUUCAAAUACUGUCAUUUUGUUUUGGAAUUCUGCCUUUGUGUUAGCUUAAUCGGUACGAUCAAUGGUGUGCAUGUGAAGGGAGACUGGAAUACCCAGGACUUUUUUCUUUUCUUAUCCAAGUUCGGUGUUCAGAAGACAGAUUCUCAACACCCGGAUGAAUCGUCUGGUUUUAUUUACGGCAAUGUAAGUUCCUCCGAAACUUUCUCCGUUCCGAUUACGCUUGCUUUGCUGGACAGAGAAUACUUCUUGGAGUAUUAUGGAAACCGUACUGUAGCUGACAAGGAGCAGGCAUGCAAACUGAUGUUCCAUAAAGUUAAUCAAACAGCUUUUGACAAAGUCUGCAACAAGCGUGGAGCUGAUUACCUACGGAGAGUACCAUGUCCUGCUGGGCAGCUGUGUAUAGACGAAGAUCCCUCAUCUUAUGUCGUUAAAGACUCGCAGCUUACUUUCAAGAUCAGUCGGCAGCAGCAGCCAAGGUUUUGGUAUGUUAGUUUGGUAGCAUGUUACUUCAAUAGGACCUCUUGCACUUGGCAUCACUUCAAAGAAAACAAGAAAUUGCAUUACGAUUUAUGGCUUGUCAAUGGGAAUCCCAAUAAUACAGCAUACAGCCUAUUUUUUACCUAUCAGUUUUCUUUUGAAAGACAGAAUACUGUUGAGUUAUAUUUGUUGUUUUUUGUCAUCUAUUCAUUACUCUUGCCCCUGCAAUUAUAUGCAGUCUCAAGGCAAAAACAUCCUGUUACACGGCUUUUCACUGUGUCGCUGUUAAUGGAGGUUGUUGGAUUGAGCCUGAAUCUUCUUGAUGCACUGAGAUACUCAUCCAAUGGAGAAGGCUUUCCUCCUCUAUUAAUCUUAGGAGAUACUUUGGAUAUCUUAUCUCGGACAACUUUCAUGCUACUCCUUCUUUUGCUCGCCAAAGGGUGGGCUGUGACGAGGAUUGAGCUAACGUGGAAACCUGUAGUCUUCUUUAUUUGGGUUCUUUAUGGGGUUGUUCACAUCCUUCUCUAUGUUUGGAAUAAGACUGAGGUGGACAUUAUUGAAGACAUCGACGAAUACCAAACUUGGCCUGGAUGGUUCAUUUUGGUCCUUCGGUGUGCUAUCAUUGUUUGGUUUCUAAUGGAGUUAAAAACAACCAUGCUUUAUGAGCACAACACUGCCAAGCUUCAGUUUUUCCUCCAUUUUGGUGCUUCAGCACUGGUUUGGUUUAUUUAUCUCCCAAUCGUGGCUGUGAUCGCUCUCCAAAUUCCUGCUCUUUGGAGAUUUAAACUACUUUUAGGUAUUACUUACAGUGCAGAUUGCCUUGCAUACUGCAUCAUGACGCAUUUGCUAUGGCCUGCCAGGAGCGAACAAUACUUUCUUCUUGCAAAUCCUAUCGAUCCAGGAGAUGAACUGGAUGAAUUCAAUGAAGCUCCACACAUUAUCAAUCACUACUCAUCGUCGCAACCAUUAGAAUUCAAUAAGGUUACCGCUUGAAGUACAAAACAUUUGAAAUGUGCUUUGGCCGAUAUGUAUUACCAUCUUAUCAUCUCUCAAAUGGCACGUGCGGGUCUCGCUCAUAUAAGAAAUGCAAGUCUCCUGCACAUCUGGACCAGAAAUCAGUCUGGAAAGAUUCAUUUUGUCUUCACCGUGGUAGUCCAAAGAUAUUUUGAAAUUGCUUGUGAUGAGAUUGUAGUAUUGCGUAUGCAUAUGCUAUCAGUUUUAGAGCAGAUCUCCGGAGGGGUUGUUUAAUUUCUACUUUUAGGGUUAAGACAUUCUUGUAACCCCUCAUAAAAGGCAGAAAGGCAUACAGUUUUCAUUUUACUAUAAAAAACUUUUUGGACCUUAAAAUUUUCACAACAUCACAAAAAUAGUUUCUCACAAGUACUUACAGAACUUUUUGUUCUCAUUUUGUAAACCAGUUAGUUUUCACAGAGCUUUAGGUCGCAAAAAACUCUAACUCAUCCAAGUGUGAUGCAUGUAAAUUCUUAUUUUGUUCUAAGACUAUUAAAAUUUGAGAAGUGUAAAUAUGUAUUAAACAUCCUAAUCUUUUUUCUUUUAAAGAAUUUUUUUUUGAUGUCUUAACCAUCAGUUGAAGUUAAGAACAAUUGAUUUUAAACUUUAUUAGGUCUUCCUUGCACUUACUGAUGAAAAAUUGAUUGAUUUUUCCCCCUAAAGAGUUUAUCCUUCACAAUUGUUUCUUAGCUCUAACCAAUUGAAGUUGUUUUUUACUACAAAAAUCUCUAUGAGAAUUAAUUAAUGUAGCUUUAAUUUUUUUUUUUUUUUUUUAAAAAAAUGUUGCUCUUUAUUGUAGAAAGUCUAGAUGCAAACGCAUCGCAUUUCAAAAGGCAUCGUUCUACUGAAUUCAAAUAAUUUAGUUGUUUUGAAAACCCUCAAGCUUCUGUGCUACUUUAUACCAUCAAAUGGAAGCCUGAGAUAGCUCAAUUAAACUAUACAAGAAUUAUCACAGAAAUGAUUUUAUGUUGUGUCUUUUCGAUGAACAGAAAAAAAUUACAUUACUUAGCUUUUUGUAGCCUCAUUAUCAUUUUUUCAUCAAGUGAAUUUAUGUUUUCAUAUAUGACAUCCAUUCUUUCCCCCCAAAUGUUUGCCUUCAUUGAUGCCCGCUACCAUCCAAAUACUUUAAGUUACUUUUAUCUAGCAUAUAUCACUAGUUAUCUAGUGCAUUUAUGUAAAGCACUAGUUCUGAACAGAAUCUUGUUUUGUCCAACAAUGAAAUUUUUCCAUAAUAUAGAGAUAUGCGAUUUAAGUACUUUGAACUAGGUAUAGUCUUAUAAGAAACACGAUGUUUCCACUGGUUUUCUCUAAAACAAAGUGGCAAGCUCAAAAAAGCUCUUGAAGUUGAGCAUUGGCGGAUCCAGCAAAUUGGCAACAUUGUCUUUUCUCCAUAUAAACCUAUGGAAAUGUAUCGAUUCUUGGAGGGGCUAGGUGCUCCCUCAAGAAUCGAUUAUUUAGCAUAGGUUUAAAUAGAGGAAAUCCGAUGUUGCCAAAUUGCUGGAUCCGCCUCUGAAUUUGAGGCCAUAAUGGAAUAGGUAGCAUAUGUUAUGGUGAGAGUCCACCUCAAUAUCUAGUCAAACUCUCCAUUUGCUGAUAGGGAGCAAAUACAUGAACAGCGUUGUAGUGGCCGUAGCUUCGGAGUCCCCACACAAAGUGGCAACUUUGCCAAUGUAUCCAUCCCCAUCUAUGCAUAUGGACGUUUGACUGAGCAGAGGUGAACUCUCACUACAAUGUCGGCAAUUCCCUCAAUUAAAGCCUUAACUUUGAGAGCUUUUCUUGAGCUUGGGACUUCAUUUCAGAGAAAACCAGUGGCUUUAUCGUAUUUCAAAAAAUUUUAUGCACAGAAAAGCACUUAAAUUGCAAAUCCCUCAGACAUGCAAGAGCUCCUUUGUUCAGAAAAAUUGUGUUUUUUUACAAUUUAUUAUUUUUUUUUAUUAGAAUAUAUAGGCAACACUCUGCCAUAGCUAUUUUAUAUAAGUCGAAGUGGAACAAAACUCUUCUCCAUUUUGAUUUCUCUCAGUGGCCAAAACUUGUUAUACUUUAACACCAAGACCUCCAGGAGUGUGUAUGUACUCAUUCUUUAAUUAAGUGCUGGUGCUAAAAUUUUUUGGAGUCAACUCAUCAUCCGUUGACAUAUUUCCUGGUCUUAGUUAUAAGUGGUCAAUUACUACUUCUCCUAGCAUAAAUGCAAUUAUUGUUUUCUUUAGAUUAUUAUGCUCCAGGCUUUUUUUCGACUGAAGGUUAUUUUACUCACUCAUUUAUGCAUAUUGGUUUCAUUACUUUCCACAUCUACUUAUAAAUUUGAACUGGAUAAAUUUAUGAAGUGAAAUUUACGGUAAUGUUUUUAAACCCAUGACUAACAGAUCACGAAACGAUCAUUUAAGGAACAGAUUAUGGAAGGUAGUGUGCUUUGCGGAUUUAAGUGAUUGGCCCUCUGGAUUUAUGACUUUACUCGAAGAUUGGAAUCUAGAUGAUACAGGUGUUGAAAAAUAUGAUGAUUUUAUUAUUUCUCUUCAAUAUAAGCUGUUUUGUCUAAUACAGUUAAUUUUUAAGUCGAAUAUUAAAGCAAUGCAUGGUGUCUUUUAUGGUAUUUGCGCAAAGCGUUUAUCCCACAUUUGAUAGGUUUUUUUAAAGGAAGUUCAAUUUUUUAUUUGAUUCAGCUACUCAGAUCAAAGUUGCUGGCAUAUUUUUCUUGCAUUAAUUAGUUUUAAAAAUUAUAAUGAAUAAAUAUUUGAAGUUAUUUUAAAAUUUUUUAUUAAAUCAAAAUCAUGAAAGGGAAAAUUUUUUUCAAUUUGUUUAUUCAUCUUUUACCGUGCUUAAUUUAAAUUGAUUUUGAUGUAGACACAAUUUGUUUCUUUCAUUAUGCUGGUAUUGUUCUUCAUAUUCUCCUAUGUUUUCCAUACCUUCUAGAAAAAUUUUCUCCCAUUGUUUUGUGAUAGAAGGCUUUUAAGUAAUGCAUUUUCUUUGUAUCUAAUCUCCUAUUGGACGCAUUUAUGCAAAAGGAGACUAUCUGCAAUGGGGUUCUGAUAUAGAUAGUCUGAUUUUGCGUAAAAGCAGAUCACUCAUUGUAAUCUCUCAAAGUACAGAAUCUCUCACCCUCUGCAUGGUAUUCCCGCCUACGACCAAUUAUGUCGAAAAAGGGCCUUGGAGGUGUUAGUCUUUCAUGCUAGUCAUUAAAGUUAUCACAGAUUUCUAAUUUUGAAAUUUGAUGUAAGUUUUUACUGUAGGUAUACUAUCUUAAGUUAAGCUGUUGCUCAAUUUUUUUGUGAUCCGGGUCUGAUUUAAUUUUUUGAACUUCAGCCCUUGUAAUCCAAGAGAAACAAUCUCUUCAAAGCAGCGUUUGAGUUUGUGUCUUUGUUACUUUAAUAUUUGCCUGCUUUAAUGUAUAAUCAGUGUUAACAAGUGGUUAAAAGUUGUAGCAGCAAAACUGCUUUUGGAGCCCUUUGGGUUCUAAAAUGAUUGAACAACUGUCAUCUGGGUUAUUAUCGAUAUGUCAUCAAUGUCAUCAACAUAUCUUCAUUUCAUUCUUCUACAGUUAAAUUCUUUUUGUUACUCAUUAUUCACCUAGGAAAAAUUGUGUUUCUAUUCCAAAUUACAUAUUUAAAGAGUAAAUUCUAUUUCCUAUCAGUUAAGUUCUUUUUCUAACUUUAUGAUUUAAUCGAAGAAGAACUGUAUUCCUAUCCCAAACUAUUUGAGGACUUAAUUUUUGCCAGCAGAAGAUUUUCUAAAUACCACAACUCUCUGAACUACCGUAUAGUAAUGUAAGAAAUAAAUCACUUACGAAUAUGCCUCACUUUGCAUACAAUUUUUCGGUCUGUCCCAUGUAUUCUGCACAUGAAGUUUUGAAAAGAAAAUAAUAAUUGUAAUACUUAAUUUUGAACACUGUUUGUUGAUCCAUUGCAAAGAUCCUGUGGCCACCAAUCUCGAUAGGUAGUGCUUAGAAUGAAACUAAAGUGAUAGAUAAGGAAAUCCCAUCACCAUUAUGUGAUACAGUCGCGGGAAACAUUUUGUAAGAGUAAUGGACGGAACCCACAAUAAUUUUAAUUGAACCUGAAAGAGGACUAGCACAAUGCUGGAAAAUUUUGAGUUUGCGAUAGAGCAGAGCUGAAGAUAGAAAACUGUGCAAAUCAUCAAGCGUUGCCAAAUUUCUUCAUACAAAAUAAGAAUAUAGUGGAGAACUUUUGAUGUCAAGCUUUACUGAAUACAUUGAAUUGAGAUCAAAAUUACCAAAAAAUUUUAAGAGAUAAAAGUUUUUGAGGGAAUUCAAAUAAUCCAAAACGGAAUUUUUUAAGUGGUGGGGGGGGGGGGGUAUAAAAUUUAUUAUCAGAGCGGUAAAAAUGCUCUCAUACAAUUUUUAUAAAAUUCUCCAUGUAUGCAUCCAUCCAUCAACCUAUAAAUUUUAUUAUUGAUAAUGCUGUGUGUGUACCUAGCUUCCAGUAGAGUAUCCAUGCUUGGUUAUCUAAUUUAUAAGUGACUGUCCACACUUUGUAAAUGCAAAUUAUCAUUGUGAAUAUAAUUAUUUUCACGUUUUUGAAACUGC